UCAAAACAAACGAAACGACGGUCGGUACUGAUGACAGCUUGCGUAACUAAAAUUUUCAACACAAUCCAGUCCUCGAAUUUAACAUAUUUUUAUUGAAUUUCGACAAAAGGAAUAUGAUGCGAUCUGCGGUGAUUCCGACAGUUUUCAACGGAUGGAAAACUAUUAUUCCUCGCGGGACCUUUACAGGUGUAAAUGUCACCCAGAUUCGCGAAAAAAAUACCUUACCUGUAGUGGAAAAGGAUAAACCGGAAAAGUUGUCUUACUCACCUUUCGGAACCAAACAAUCGAACUGGGCUGAAUGGGGUGUUGCUCGAUUGGAUGAUUUACUAAAUUGGGGCCGCAAAGGUUCGAUCUGGCCACUCACUUUUGGAUUAGCCUGCUGUGCCGUUGAGAUGAUGCAUAUUGCCGCUCCCCGUUAUGAUAUGAAUCGCUUUGGAGUCACCUUCCGUGCUUCUCCUCGACAGGCUGAUUGUAUUAUUGUGGCAGGAACACUGACCAACAAAAUGGCACCUGCUUUAAGAAAAGUUUAUGAUCAAAUGCCCGAACCGCGAUGGGUCAUAUCAAUGGGAAGCUGUGCCAAUGGAGGUGGAUAUUAUCACUACUCGUACUCCGUUGUAAGAGGUUGCGAUCGCAUAAUUCCGGUGGAUAUUUACGUUCCCGGAUGUCCCCCAACGGCAGAAGCACUGCUGUAUGGAGUUUUGCAGUUGCAGAAAAAAAUUAAAAGAAUGAAAGCGCUUCAAAUGUGGUACAGAAAGUAGACUGUUUUGUCGACAAUUUGUAUUUUAUUGUUGUGCAUAAUGAUUGAUAAGUCGAAAGUAUAAUAUUGAUAACUGAUUAAAA